UUGACGAUACAGCAAUUAUAUUUAUAAUACAAAUACACUGUAGUUUUUUAUGUGCUGCUUUAUUGAAAGAAAUAAAAAGAGAAAUAGAUGGAAAGAUCGGUGAAGAGAGAUAUAUUUCUUUACGACUACCGCAUUAAACAUAACCUUGCUUGGAUUUUUCUACAGUUUUGGAUUAUAAUAUUUUAAUCUUUGAAAAAUAUUUGAAAUCAGCGCUGCUAGUGGCAAAAACAAGAAAUUUAUCUAAGUUACGACUUUUCAAGCUAUUACAUGUGACAAUAGGAAAAAUUAGUCUCCUUAUCGUUGGCUUUUUUCAAGAAUAUAUAACUCAUAAGAAUGCGCCGGAUUUUCUUAACAAAAACAUGGAAUAUUCAACUGAUUCAAAGAAGAUUUUAUAAAAAAAGUCAAGUUCGUGUGAGAUUUGCUCCAAGUCCAACAGGACUUUUACAUGUCGGUGGACUAAGAACGGCACUUUACAAUUAUUUAUUUGCAAGAUCGCAUAAUGGUUACUUUAUUUUGAGAAUCGAAGACACGGAUCAAACUAGAAUUAUACCUGGAUCGAUGGAACAAAUUCACGAUGAUUUAAUAUGGGCUGGAAUCAUACCAGACGAAGAUCCUAUAAGAGGUGGCCCUAAUGGGCCUUAUAUUCAGUCAAAACGAAUUGAUAUUUAUAAAAAAUAUGCUAAUAUUUUAUUAAACAAUGGUGCAGCAUAUAGAUGCUUUUGUUCCGAACGUAGAUUAGACAUGUUGAGAAAAACAGCGUUAAAAGAGAGACAGAUUCCAAAGUACGACAAUCGUUGUCAAUAUUUUACCGAUGAAGAAGUAAAAGAGAGACUUAAAAGAGGAGAACUGUAUUGCAUUAGAUUCAAGCUCACACCUACACCAGAACCUUUCAAAGACUUAAUCUACGGAGAUAUUACCUACAAUGUUGCUAAAAAUGAAGGUGAUCCUGUUAUCCUUAAGGGCGAUGGCUUUCCAACUUAUCAUUUUGCAAAUGUAAUCGAUGAUCAUUUUAUGGAAAUUUCUCAUGUCCUACGGGGAAUUGAAUGGCAAAUAUCAACUCCGAAACAUUUAUUACUUUAUAAAGCAUUAGGAUGGACACCUCCACAAUUUGGUCAUUUACCAUUGGUACUCAAUGGGGACGGGACAAAGUUGUCAAAAAGACAAAAUGAUAUUACGGUGGAACAUUACAGAAAACAUGGUAUAUUUCCACUAGCCUUAAUCAAUUAUAUUACCGCUGCUGGUGGUGGUUUUGUUCGAGAUAAAGGUCUUUCUCACUGUUACACUUAUCAAGACUUAAUACAACAGUUUAAUGUUGAUAAAAUAAAUAUGAAUUCUAGUAAAUUAGAUGCAGAUAGAUUAUUGGAGUUUAAUAAGCUAGAAAUUUCAAAUCUUUUAAAUAAUGAAAAAAAUCACAAAUACUUAGUCGAAAGAAUUAUUAAACUUGUAAAGCAAGCUUUCCCAGACAGAUCACAUGGUCAAAACUUACAACUUGAUCCAACACAUAUAAUAACAACAUUGAUGUGGGCUCGAGAUAGAAUUUCAAAACUCAGUGAUUUAGUAACUCAUGAUUUAAAAUUUUUGUGGGUGAAACCAACCACAAACGAAAAUACUAAAGAUUUAAAAUAUUUAGAAAUGGUUGAUAUACUCAGUAAAAAACUUGAAAAUAUGAAUGAUGAUAAUUUUUGUAAAGAAUCUUUGAAAACUUACCUAAAAGAAUUUGCUAAUAACAAUAACGUUCCAUUCCCGGAUUUAAUGAAGACUUUAAGAACUCUUCUAAGCGGUUUGAAGGAAGGCCCGGGUGUUGCCGAAAUGAUGGAAAUUUUAGGAAGAGAUGCAACUUUAAAUCGUUUGAAACGAAGUGUUACAUAAAAUUCUUUAAUUGAUUUACUUAAUUAAUAUCGUAUAA